AUGAGCGGGGAAAAUGACCAAAGGGAAAAAGUUUUAAAUCGCAAAUGCUCCAAAAGAAAUUUUGAACAGUUGACAUCAUUUGAUAGUGUUGAAUUGUUAAGCGAUCUCUCUGCACAUUCUGUGAACAAGAGGAGUAAAGUACUCCACUCUGAGGAAAAAGGUGAAGAUAAUUUUUCUCAUGAGUCAUGCCAUAUUGAUCUCUGUCAAACAGGCAAGAGAAAAUUGGAAGAAAAUCCUCAUGAAAUAGUGAAAGAAAAAAAAAAAAAAAAAUUUACCGAAAUUGAAAAAAGCUAUUACAACUUGGUGAGUGACAACAAUGAAGACGCCAUAUCAAACUGCUUAAAUGAGUUUGCCACGGAAGAGCCAAACCAACAAAAGCAAAACGCAUUCCAGUUGAACAAAAAUGGGGAAUACAUAACCCCCCCGAACACUGCCAUACGGAAUGAUGAAUUGUCCCAGCAGGAUGAGGAGUUGUUCAAAGGGACGAGACCCAGUCAAUUAGCAAUUAUUCCUUUUGAAGGGGAAUGUGUGAACAGCGUAUUCAAUUGCACAUAUGAUAAGAGCAGUUCCAGCAGCCAUGGAAGCUCUGGAAGUCAUGGCAAUCGCCACAUGGGCAGUGGCGCACGAGACAGAAAUGACGUGAAAAAUAUUUUCCACAUGUUAUCCAAAAAAGACAUUUUCUACAAAAAUUUAAUUAAAAAUCAAAUCAAAAAUAACAAGCCUAUAAUGAUCAAAUGUGACAAUUUGAGUCUCUUUUUAAACAGAAAUAAUUAUGGGGGUAAUGCCUUCCCGAAUGAGCUCACCCCCAAUGCUAACACAUCACACCUUGAUGAGGGUCAUGCGUUUGCUAACGCCGUAAUGCCAUCCUCUAGUAUACUCCAAGAACAAAGCAGGGAACAAAAUUUACACCAUUUCAACGACGAACAAAGUAUACCGCUGUCUAUCGGUUCGUUUUAUGAAGAUUCCCCCACCACAGCCAUCAAAUCGAACAACGGAGAUCCAAUUUUGAACAUCCCCAAUAAUGCACAAGCUUAUGUGGACACACCUUCUGAUGGUGUCAUUUCAAACAUCAACAUAAGCGACAAUGCUAUGACGAAGCAUAUCAGUUGUCCUUACCCCUCCGAUUACCCCCCUGAUAUAGAGAACACAAAUGAUGGGAGUUAUUUCGCCCCAGAUAAAACAGCUCAAAAUAAUGAGGCCUGUUUAUAUAACCAACCGCGUUGCACCAAUUUUGCCAUUCCAGACAAAAAUGAUAAUUUGAACCCUACCCUUAUGAGAACAAAUCAGAACAACUCUGAAAGCAUCGGCCAUGUAAAUUCUUUGAGUGAUGUGGGGAAUUAUUAUCAGGCCAAUGAUUAUAAUGCCUAUCAGUGA